CUACAGAUUCAACCCUACUCAAUUCUUUUUCCAAAUACUUGGCUCUUUGUUUGAUUAAUAAUUUUAGAUUGGUUUCCCGCCAAAAUAUAUAGCCAAUGAACCAACAUUUACCGGGAAAAUGGUUUCCAGGUUAAAUCAAGAUUUACUAAUUUACAUUAGUCGUAGUAAAUAAAAUAACUUUAAUCCUCUUAUUUCAACACUUUCCCGGCGAAAGUCUCUCCACCGCCGCCGAAGAUUCCGAUUCUCUUUUUGUCACUCUCUGUUGGGAACUCUAGAGAAGAAAGUUGUCUUCUUGAGUUUCUAAUUUGUUUCACGAUGGAUGACACUGUAAAUGAGCUUCUAAGAAGGAAAAAAGCUGUCUUGAAUCAUCAAAUCAGGAGUGAUUUGGUUGUAUCGAAUCAUCAGGAAAAAGCUCAAGCUUUCUCCUUGCUACAACAGAAAGAUGUCCCAACUAAAAGUCCCGGCACAAAUUUCAGUGGAAAAGAAUAUUCUUUUGGUUUGAGUAAUUGUACAGUUAAGGUUGGUGAGAAGAGACAGUGGAACGAGUGUGACGACAUUUGCAAUACUGAGAAUCGCAGCAAGUCUGAAGAUGCUGUUGUAAAUUUAAGUAAAGACAUGAUUGUACACAGGAAAAGAAGAGUGUUCAGUGAUAAUGGAGAUGCGGCGGAAGAGUUUGGAAGCGGAAAGCAACUCACUGAGGUUGAUUGUUCUAGAAACCCAAUGUCAAAUGCCAUAAACACGAAUCGGAAGAUGGAUAGGAAACAAGAUGCUCAAGUGGGAGCUGCAGUGGGGAUCUCUGGAAAUCUUGAAGUGGAUCAAAACUCUGGUUUAUGUGAUUCAGGUUCAGGAGGUGCAGUACCACAAAACAUUUUUGGAUGUGCUGGUUUGAAAUUUAACGACUUUGAUAAGCUGAGGGAAGAAGUAAACUUUGAAGUUGGGCAGACCUGGGCUGUUUAUGAUACAGUGGAUGGGAUGCCUAGAUUGUAUGCUCAGAUCAGAAAAGUUUCAGCUCCCUGUUUUGAGCUUAGGAUUACAUAUCUAGAGCCAGAUCCAAAUGGUGAGAAAGAGCUCCAAUGGUUUGAAGAAGACUUGCCUGUUUCUGUUGGUAUGUUCAGGCUUGGGGAAAAUAAGAGCACACAAGAUCGUUCAAUAUUUUCACAUGUUAUUCAUUGCAAUGAACAAAGCAAUACUCUAUGUUUCAGCGUCACUUGUCGUUUCAUCAAAACUUGUCAUUUUAGUGUAUCUCCUAGGAAAGGCGAGACAUGGGCGCUUUUCAAGAACUGGGAUAUUAAGUGGUCUUCAGAGCCAGAUUCUCACCGCAAAUAUGAGUAUGAAUUUGUCGAGAUUCUGUCAGAUUAUUCUGAUGAAGGUGGUGCAUAUGUUGCAUACUUGCAUAAAGCAAAAGGGUUUGCUAGUGUGUUCUUCCGAAUGGGAACUGGUUAUGAAGGCAUAUUUCGUAUUUUACCUCAGAGUUUGUAUCGGUUCUCCCAUAGGGUUCCUUCCUUCAAACUGACUGAAAUUGAAGGAAAAGGUAUGCCAAAAGAUGCUUACGAGCUGGACAAAGCUGCAUUACCAGAAACAAUUGAAGAGAUCAUCGUGCCUUCAAACUCUGAGAGUAAUAUAAAGCCUAAACGCCAAGCCACCUACUUUGUUAGCAAGGGGAAGGUUUUUCAGACUGGCCAGAUUUGGUCAUUUUACAGUGGUUAUGAUGAUUUGCCUCUCUACUAUGGUAGGAUUCAGAAGAUAACUUUUACUCAUGCAUUUAAGCAGGACCCGGUAAUUAAACUACACAUUGGUCGGCUAAAGGCUACCCGUUCCCCUAAGGAUGUUGUCGACUGGGAAGACGGGCAAAUGCCUGUUGGUUGUGGAACAUUCUACUCAAGAAAAGUUCUAGAAAUAAUCACCCCAAAUGAGGUUUCACAUCAGAUAGUUCCUCAAACCUCCUUGGAUGGCAUUGAAUAUACCAUUCUCCCCAAGAUUGGUGAAGUUUGGGUGAUAUAUAGAUACUGGAGUAGUCACAUUGAUGUUGAGGACUUGGAGUUUGGUCUUUAUGAAGUUGAAAUUCUUGAUGACACUUUGGACUAUAAGGUCCAACUGCUGGAGUAUGAAUCCGUUCAUGAUGAUGAUGAUGAUGAUGAUGAUGGAACUGGGAAUAGGUUGUUCAGGGCAUGUACGGAGUAUACUUAUAACGAGGAUGAAGGGUCGGAACCAAUAUUUACGAUCCCAAAGUCGGAAAGGAUCAGAUUCUCGAAUAAGGUUCCUGCUUCGCGUGUAACCAAAGAGAUGCUUGGAGAGUUAAAAGAGUUUUUAAGUGUUGAUUAUAGGGCAACACCUAUAAACGUCAUACACUGUUGAACAGAGGAACUGAGAGAAGAAAAGGGACGGGAAGCGCCAAGGAUUCCUUUUUGUUAGGUUUUGGUGCAUUUUGUGAAAAGGGUUUGUCUUUUUGGCUAAGAAUCUUCUCUAUGAUGUAAGAAUGUUCUUAAUUAUAGAUAUGAGACAUGAAGUAUCUGCAGGUUGGUCUGAAAUUUUUUUU